CUAGAUUUGUAUUUUUUCUGACGUUAGCGUAAAUUGGCCGCAAUGGCGGAGGGAACCGCGACCGCUGCUGGAGCUGGGCCCGAUGUAAACACAGCUGGGAACCCGACAGAAGUCGCCAUGGCGUAUUUACAGGACGAGAAGACUGAAGCAGACAUCGCUAACCUGAACCUGGGAGAGCUGGACAUCACCACCGACGAGUUUAUCCUGGAUGAAGUGGACAUUCACAUUCAGGCCAACCUGGAAGACGACCUGGUGAAGGAAGCGCUCAAAACGGGUGUCGACCUCCGUCAUUACUCCAAACAGGUGGAGGCAGAGCUGCAGAGGAUUGAACAAGCCUCCAUCAAAGACUACAUCAAAGAGAGUCAGAACAUCGCCCUGCUGCACAACCAGAUCACUGCCUGUGACUCCAUCCUGGAGCGUAUGGAGGGCAUGCUGAGCGGCUUCCAGAGCGACCUGUCCUCCAUCAGCAGUGAGAUCCAGACCCUGCAGCAGCAGUCGGUUAGCAUGAACGUGCGGCUGAAGAACCGGCAGGCCGUGCGCAGCCACCUCAGCCAGCUGGUGGACGAGCUGGUGGUGCCCGGAGCCAUGAUCUCCACCAUCCUGGACAGUCCUGUGACGGAGCAGGAGUUUCUGGAGCAGCUCCACGAGCUCAACACUAAGAUCAACUUUGCCAAAGAGCUGAGCUUCAGAGAGACGCUGGCUUGCUCCGACAUCCAGGACAUCGUCGACCGCCUCAAACUCAAGGCGGUGUCAAAGAUCAGAGAGUUCAUUCUUCAGAAGAUUUACUCCUUCAGGAAACCGAUGACCAACUACCAGAUCCCACAGAACACUCUGCUGAAGUACCGGUUCUUCUACCAGUUCCUUCUGGCCAAUGAGAGAACGGUCGCCAAGGAGAUCAGAGACGAGUACGUGGACACCAUGAGCAAGAUUUACUACAGUUACUUCAAGUCGUACAGCGGCAGGCUGCUCAAAGUGCAGUACGAGGAGGUGGCAGACAAAGACGACCUGAUGGGAGUUGAGGACACAGCCAAGAAAGGUUUCUUCUCCAAACCGUCUCUGAAGAGCAGGAACACCAUCUUCACUCUGGGCCAGAGGGGGGCCAUCCUGAGCCCGGCCGAGCUGGAGGGGCCCAUCCUGGUCCCGCACACGGCUCAGAGAGGAGACAGCAGGUAUCCCUAUGAGACGCUGUUUCGCAGCCAGCACUACGCUCUGCUCGACAACGGCUGCAGAGAAUACCUCUUCCUGUCAGACUUCUUCAUGGUGGCUGGAAACUCCGCCCUCGACCUCUUCAACAGCAUCAUGGGAAAGACUCUCAGCAUGUUCCUGAAGAGCAUGUCCACCUACGUGUCCGACUGCUACGACAGCAUCGCCGUCUUCCUCUGCAUCCACAUCAUCCUCCGGUUCAGAGCCAUCACGGCCAAGAGGAACAUCCCAGCUCUCGACAAGUACUGGGAGGCGGUGCUGGAGCUGCUGUGGCCGAGGUUUGAGCUCAUUUUGGAGAUGAACAUCAGCAGCAUCAGAAACACAGACCCUCAGAAACUGGGAGUACUGGACACCAGACCGCACUACAUCACUCGCCGUUACGCAGAGUUCUCCUCAGCCAUCGUCAGCAUCAACCAGACGUUCCCCAACGAGAGGACCAACGCUCUGCUGGGACAGCUGCAGAUUGAGGUUGAAAACUUUGUGCUGAAGAUGGCGGCAGAGUUCCCGUCGAGGAGAGAUCAGCUCAUCUUCCUCAUCAACAACUACGACAUGAUGCUCAGCGUCCUCAUGGAGAGGGCAGCAGACGACAGUAAAGAGGUGGAAGGCUUCCAGCAGCUGCUGCUGGCCAGAACUCAGGAGUUCAUCGAGGAGAUUCUCUCUCCGCCGUUCGGAGGGAUGAUCGCCUUUGUGAAGGAGGCCGAGGCGCUGAUGGAGAAAGGGCAGCUGGACCGGCUGAAGAACGACGAAGCUCGAAUCACUCAGCUGGUUCGGGGGUUUUCCAGUACCUGGAAACAGUCGGUGGAGGCGAUGAGUCAGGACGUCAUGAGGUCCUUCACCAACUUCAAAAAUGGAACCAGCAUCAUCCAGGGCGCCCUGACGCAGCUCAUCCAGUACUACCACGGCUUCCACAAAGUCCUGAACCAGCCCACGUUCCGCAGCCUGGCCGUCCGCUCCGAGCUCAUCAACCUCCACCACCUCAUGGUGGAGGUCAAGAAGCACAAACCCAACUUCUAACGGGACGCCUUCGUCGGGGUCGGGGGUCAGAGAGCUGGCGAACGCACUGAUGCUCCUGCGGGUGGAGGUGACCGUUCUCUGCAGCCGACUGCUGCUUCGUCUUCUUUUGUGUGAAGUUUGCAGAGCGUUAAGAAAGACUUUUGAAGGAGUCGUGUCACAGGUCAGAGGAGGAGACAGAAUUUUAAUUCCAUGACUUUAAAAACUGUGAAGAAACCAGUGAACCACAGAUGCUCUCGGCCACUUUGUCACUGUCAGGGGAACGUUUGGCCCUCCUGGCUCUACAGUGACUGUGGGUGUGUGCAGGGUUCUUUGGCUUCUGUUACAGGCAACAGCAAAAACUUCCAGUUAAAUGCUAAUUCAACCUAAUGUAAAUGAAUGUCUAAUAAUCACAUUGAAUGAAGAAUAAAUGUGGAGUAUAAACAGUAGAAAUGAUCCCUGAUAGAAGCGAUGAAGCCUGUGCAGCUUUCAGUGAGCAGUAACUGAGCUUCAGUCAACCUAAGAGUUCAGCUGUUUAUGAGACGAUCAAUAAUCUAUCAGCUGUUUUGGUUGAUUCCUUUGAUUAGUAACGCUGCUCUAAUCAGACGGGAGCACAUCUGUAAGGACAAAACGUUUGUUCAUGUCAACAGGUCCAGUGUUUAGACUCAAACCAUCUCACUCCCCCCGCCCAGUCUGUCUGUGAGGCUCCGCCCACCAGCUUCAUUAGAAAAACUAUAUUUAAACUAGAUUAGCAGGUCUGCUUAGUUCAGUCUCAACAUCCAGCCAGUGUGGAGCUGUGAAAAACUGCAGUUCCUCCCACGACCACCAGAGGCUCCCAGCAGUGAGACGCUCCAUAUUACAGGUUUACAAAACUGUAUUUUAUAACUCACCUGUACUGUAAUUGAUUAGGGGCGUGGCCUCUUUGACUGACAGGCAGCUGCUAACUGGACCUCUGGACCGUGUUUGGGCCGUCGGGCUUCUGGACCAAUGAGGUUAUCGUGCUCGCAGGCGUCCAAGAAGUCUGAGCUCCAGAUCUGCUGAGUGAAACGCUAAGAUUUUCAGAUUGAAUGUUAUUGAUCACUAAUCUGCAGCUACCUGUGUGCUGUGGCUCCAUGCUUUUAUCCCACAAUCAUAUUUAAGCUUCAAAUCACAUGAUCCCAUCCCCAACGUCCAUCUUUCAUCUACAGUCAUCCCGCUAACAUGAUCUCGUUAUAUACUGUACGAUCUGGGGAAUAGUGUGGUUUUAUGGGAACUAUUUUCAGCGGCGGAUGAAUCCACAUGUGGUUCUCUAACAGCGUGGGAGCAGGAGAGUGUUUUAAUAGAUUUGUUGGUGAGGAGAUGAGGAUCCUCCUGCAGACAGUGUGUUGGUGCUGUCGUGUGCCUUUGCUGUACAGAGUCGUGUUAUUGAUGUGAAUCUGUGUGUAAAGUCUAACAAUGAGAGUACAACACCA